AUGCCGCCUCCAGGGAAGUGGGACAAAGGCAAGGGCAAGACCGGGAAGUCCAAAGGAAAAGGCUCCACAGAUGGCAGUACAGCCGCCAACGCAUCAUACAGUGACCGGCAGCAGACUUCCUCGAUUGAAUCCUCCUGCAAAUUCUUCGGGAGCUCCAAAGGAUGUAAUAAAGACGCCUGCCCGUUCUCGCACAGCAAUCCGAAUGGUGUUCCAUUUUGUGCUUUCUUCCAGCGAGGGCAAUGUGAGAAGGGAGCUGCAUGCACUUUCAGGCAUCAGCAGUGGUCAAGCCCAGACGAAGCCAAAGCAUUCUAUGCCAGUCGAGAUGGCGGUUUGGUGGAGACAAGCGCAGCCAGGUACAAGCAAGUGCGACGCGGAGGCAACGAAGACAAAUCAGCUGGACUGCGACUCGGUUCUGAGCAUGUUGAGCUGGAAGGUGAGAUUGAAAAGGAUUUUCAAGAAGAAACCUACGGCUCCAACGCAAUGCGGAUGAUGGAAAAAAUGGGCUACAAGGCUGGAAGUGGUUUGGGAAAGGAGAACCAAGGGCGGACAUCAUUGCUCGGCUCUUGCAUAGCCUUGGAGCAUUCCUCUGGCACAUCUGCUUUAGGCUUUUCUCAUUACGCAGGUGCCAUUCGUGUAACAGCUGCUGAGCGUGCAGCACGCCUGGCGGAUGCACGUGCAAAGAAGUGCCAGAAGCUGGAGAAUGCAUCUUUCGUGCACCAUAAUCUUCUGAGCAGCGACGAAAGUAGCGAUGGAGAAGACCCGCACGUGAAGUCUCGUGACACGGACCUGCUAAAAGGCUGCCUGCAUCUUCUCGUUUACAUCAAAAUCAAAGUGCCGAAGCUGCUCCUCUUCCGGUUAACUCGGGUGGACAUGGGCCUGGCAUGCGGCACCUCCCACCUCCCGCAAGCUUCGGCGACGAACGUCCCGAACAAGGAUCCGGAAGGCGAUGACAAUUGGAAGGCUUUGCUGACGGCCACGAGUCCAGCUGCACGACCUGAUCCAUCUGGUCCUGCAGAGCUGAGGGGUGGAACGCAGCACAGCGCAGAGUCACCCAAGCCUUUGGUAGACGGGGCAUCACAAGACACUGAAGCCUAUGGCUUGUUGGAUGAGUAUGUUGAUGACUUGCUUGGCAUUCCUUGGCAAGACCGCCCAGUUUCCUGGAGUCGCCCUUCGUGGCAAGAGACAGCACACGCCUCAGGGAUGUCCAUGCCCGAGAUGGUGAUGGAGGACGGAUCGAGAGGUCCAGCUUUGCAAACCCUUCCGCCGAGAGAGAACCUGCUUAGCACCGCGACGGCGACAAGUUCUGGAGAACCUCUGCAGCCUGUGCUGGCCACGCCAUACCUGGCAGGAGUACUAAACGGCUGGGCCGAGAUUGAUCGCAGCGCUGUGGACGCCAAAGUCGUCCGAGAUAGCCCGGCACCGAAACGGCGCGCAGACAAGGUGCCUGCCGGCUGA